AUGCCCACUCUCCGAACUUACUCGGCGAUUGGAGCGGUGUUCCUCUCGAUGUUGUACCAAUGGUGGCUCAAGGAUGUACUAUUCGUAACCCUCGGUUUCGGGCGACGCAUUGAGCCUAUUGAGAAUUUCCCUUACAAAUGCCUCCCCCUUCAACAUAAGCAGCUGGGGGCAUGCGGAGAUGUGUGGUUCGACGAGAAGGACCGAGUUUUGUAUGCCGCUUGUGCUGGUAUGGAUUCACGGAACGAAUGGAAUCCAAGCCUCUCACGAUUUAACACCUCGGGUCGAAGGCCAGGAGGUUCUAAUCUCAUGGCAAUCUACGUCGACGAGCCGCGGAAAGACGGCCUCUUCCGAAUGCAUAAAAUCGAACCCACUCGGUACGGUAAUGCGCCCGGCGAUGGCCAUUUGGACCUUGCUAGUUUCGACGUUGAGGUGGUGGAUGAUUAUACUUUACGUUUCUGGCUUUUGAACCAGCGCCCACCGUACGACGCAAAAGGGAAUCUUCUCGAUGCCCGACAAUUUGGCGCUAAUACUACAAUCGAGGUCUAUGAGUACCGAAAGCGAGAGAAGAAGAUGAGACAUGUUGGAACUGGCUGGAAUCCCUCCCUACACUCACCGAACAAAAUUGCGUUCACCGGCGCCAACAAUUUUGUCGUCAGCAAUGAUCGAUCAAGGAGAGUGGGGCUACGCAAGAAACUCGAUCCUCUGCUCGGUGGUGGGAGUCUCACAUACCAUGACGACUGGUGGGAUACCUAUGUCACAACCCCCAAAAAGAUCCCCAUUCCGGGAGGCCUGGUUAGAGGGAAUGACGACCGCAUUUACGUACCCUCAGUCAUUGAUGGAAAGAUCCGCGUCUUUGAGUUACAGGAAGGUGGCCAAUAUAAACAAGUUCAUGUGAUCAAGAUGGGCAUGCCGAUUGAACAUCUAACGGUUGAUUCGAAGGGUGACUUUUGGGCCGUCGGAAGAAGUAAAUAUGAUCCCACAGGUCGAUCAAGUAGUAGCUCGAUAUUCAAGAUUGAGAAGUUCGAGGAGAGAUGGCCAAUUAGGUAUGUGACCACAAAAAUAUUGGAGGAUAGGGAUAGGAAGGCUAUUAACGGGGCCUCCGUGGUGAGGUAUGACGCAAGGCAGAAAAGGCUGUAUCUUGGGGGCGUAUACAAUCCAUAUAUCGUAAUGUGCGAGCAGAAGUCAUAA